AUGGCAUGUUACUACCGCAACGGCACCCACGCCGUAGACGACACCCCCUGCCCAAACGCCAACACCUGCUGCCCCUCCGGCGCAACAUGCACGGAUAACCUCCUCUGCCGCGACAAGAACAACCACGCCAACGGCUCGCUGACUAACUUCCCCGAUGGCCAUUCGUAUAACUACACGGGUCUCUACUAUACCCCCUCCUGCCAGGAUAAGAGCUACAAGGGGUGUUCCAUAGCUUGUACGACGUAUGAUUCAUACCGCGGGCAGUAUAUCUGGGCGUGUAAUGCCGCGCUGACGAGGUACUGUUGUCAUGAGGAUGAGGCGAGUUUGGGUCAGGGGGAUUGCUGCGAGGGUGGGACGUUUGAGUUGGCGGCGCCUGUGUCUGGGUCUCCGUCUGUUUCUGCUUCUGCUUCUGCUUCUGCGACUUCGAGUUCGAGUUCGAUGUUGGCUAGUGCGCCGUCGGCGUCUGUUACGUCCUCAGCCGCGACGGCAACAGCAGCAGCUACAACGAGCCUGUCAACAGGCGCAAAAGCUGGCAUUGGGGUUGGCGCUGCAGGAGCAGGGAUCAUCAUCAUCGUGCUGGUUGCACUGCUACUCAGAGCACGCAGACUUGCCGCCAACACACCAGGGCAAAGUCAAAGUGAAAAGAAUACAUUUUGGACAAGUGGAGCCAGAGCCAGAGCCAGACGAGCGGAACUCGAGUCGUGCGCUUACGCACCACCGAGCGAACUGUCUGCGAAGCCGGCACCCAGCCGCUUCGAACUGGGUUCUUAA